AUGCAUGAAUAUAAUAUUAUUAAUGUGAGUAACAUAGUCAUCUACGGAGGCUGGAAUUUGAUCGAGAAACGUGAAGAGAAGAACGAAAAACAGAAAUGUCACGUGAGUGUUGCCAUCAUUGGCCUCCAGAUCUAUGCCUUGGGAGGUUUCAAUGGACAGACGGAACUUAAGAGUGCCGAACGUUAUAAUCACCCUAGAAACCAGUGGACAUUAAUCCAAGAUAUGAACUAUCAGCGCAGUGAUGCAGGUGCCACAGCACUAAAUGAUAUAUUGUACAUCUGUGGUGGCUUCAGUGGUCAGCAGUACCUGAACUGUGCUGAAUUCUAUUCGCCUAAAACCAACCAAUGGACACUAAUAGCUCCCAUGAACAGCAUCCGUUGCGGUCUCAGCAUCAUUGCAUAUUGUGACUUCAUUUACGCACUGGGUGGCUUCAGUGGUGUAACCAGAGUGACCUCUGCAGAACGCUAUGAUCCUUCUGUCAACAAGUGGCAGUCUAUUGAGACAAUGUCGAUCCCUAGAAGUAAUUUUGCAGCUACUAUUUUAGACGACAAGGUAUUUGUAAUUGGAGGCGUGGCCGACGAGAACAGUAUAUACAACGUAGAAUAUUACGACAUUGUUACUGAAAAAUGGCAUAAUGUAAGUCACAUGAACAUUCACAGACGAGCCCUCAGCGCAUGCGUCCUCGAGGGUCUCCCCAAUACCUACCAGUAUAUUGCGCAUCGACAUCAAAGCGAAAAUUCCGGAAAACAACGUGCCAUUAACAAAGAACAGUAACACAUCAAUCAAAUAGCAACAACAACUAACAACCUAACAAACAACAAACAAAUAAAGCGAGAGUUGAAAAAUAAACGAAAAGAUACAAAUUAAGAAAAGAAUAUGGACAGGAAAUUAAAGUUUAUACAAUCAUAAAAUUUA